GCAAAGAUGUCAUCAACUACCUUCAACGCCUCGGCUUUUCGGAGGACCGUUACUUCAUGUUUUAGUCAUUAACACAUAACAGAGCGAUGCAAACUUGUGCAGGGUGCGCUGCUUUGAGAGCGCUUUUGCUGUGGACUGUCUGUAAAGCAUUGGCCAGACCAGGGGUUAAAUGUGGUGGCAUCCUGUCUGCGGCAGAUGGUAAUUUCUCCAGCCCUAACUUUCCGGGAUAUUACCCCUACGACAUCGAAUGUACCUGGCUGAUUGUGGUGACAGAAGGCUCCUCCAUCCUCCUCACCUUCCAGCACUUUGACCUGGAGUUUCACGAUCGAUGUGAAUAUGAUUAUAUCCAGAUCUAUAACGGAGAGGCCGAGGACCGAGGGAACCUCUUGGGCACGUUCUGUGGGGAUGUUUCCCCACCUUACUUCACCUCGUCCUGGCACGUCAUGUCCAUCAUCUUCCACUCGGAUUCACACGUGGCAAGUCGAGGCUUCUUGGCCAGAUAUUCCAAAGAUGUGUGUGGGGGAGUGCUGACAGGUCUCUCCGGGCUUCUCUCCAGUCCUCAAUACCCUGAUAAUUACCCCAACAAUGCUGAGUGUCGCUGGGUCAUGCAAGUCUCGAACAGCACCGUGGUCAGCCUCGUCUUCUACGACUUCCAGCUGGAGAAAAGUGAGGACUGUAGCUUCGACUACGUGUCUCUGUUUGACGGCCCCAGCGUGAGUCACAGACACUUGGGCCAUUUCUGUGGUGGUACCAAACCCCCCGAUAUCGUUUCCAGCACCAACCAGCUGCUGCUCGUCUUUAAGUCAGACUUUAACAUCGGUGGCCGGGGCUUCAAAGCAUCUUAUUUUUCAGGUGAAUGUCAGCAAGUCUUCACGGCCAUUACUGGGAACUUCUCGAGUCCUCGCUACCCAAACAUUUACCCCAAUAACAUCAACUGCCACUGGACAGUGCAGCAGCCCCCUGGCUACAGGGUUAAGGUUCAAUUCCUGCACUUCGAGCUGGAGGCUCGGGACAGCCUGAGUGACGCCUGUGACUAUGACUUUGUGGCAAUCUUCGACGGAGACACGCUGCUGGGGAAGUGGUGUGGGCAGGACCAGCCACCUUCACUGCUGUCCAGUGGAAACAGACUCUUGUUUGUAUUAUCUGCUGACAGGAAGUCGGCUUCUCGUGGCUUCCACGUCUCGUACGCCGGGGUUAUUCCUGUGAACAUCAGCUGCACAAGAACCCACUUCCAGAUCCAGGUUCCUGUCCACGCUCUGCCCACGCUUACUCGCAGUGACGUGUAUUUGGGAAGGCCGAGCUGCAUGGCGCAGCUGCUGGGCUCACUCUACAGGAUUGGCUCCAGGUUUGACGCCUGUGGUACAGAGUCCCAGAGGAGGAGAAACACCACGGUCCUUGUGAACAUUCUGUAUAUAAACUUUCCUGCCGGGGAGCAGAAAGUCACCCAGGAGUACGAGGUUCAAUGUGAGCUGAAAAGGAAGGAAGCUUCUUAUAACAUCAUCCCAGAUUCGGAGCUGUACCGGCUGCAGCAGCUGGCUGUCAGCGCAUUGGAUCCAAACCCCGGCACCUCUCAGGUACCAGCCAGGCCCGAGGUCUCCAGGGUGCCGGAUACCAGCGAUGUGGUCUUCAUUAGUAUUUGUGCCUUGGCUGGAAUCCUGAUGCUGAUCGCCAUCGUAGGCCUUGUCCUUCUCUAACCGACCCUCAGGCCACAGCGCGAGCUUCCAUUGAUGUUUGAGUGUCAACCAAUCAAGUGAAACAGCUGUAAGGUCAUUCUGAAAAGCAGACGGUGACUAUUUCUCACCAGUUUCUCUGAAUGACUGGUCUGUGUGCUGUUUUCUCUCUACUUAGCUCAUGACUUCUUACUGAGAAAUAUUUCAUCAAUUUUAUCCAUGUCUUGAAUACUGUUCUCGUAAGCUCUUAAGGCACCUUCCUGUCAUACAGAUACAAGACAAUACACAGCUGCUCGUUCAAUAGGUGAUCUUCCCUCACCUCAGGCCUCUUCUCUCUUAUUUGGAACUUCUCAUUGCUCCUCCAAAUGUUCCUUAACCCUCACAAUUUCCACAUGCUUUCUCCCCCCCCACAUUGCAUUGUAUUCAAACCUCAAUUUCCUCUCAAACUCACUCUUUCCAGGCUACAAAAUUGUGGGAACUCCUCUCUCCACAAAUACAGGCUUUUAAACCAACCAGUAGUUCUUGACUAAUCUUGUCUUUGAAAUCCUCUAAAGCCCAGUGAGGUAGGUAUAUUUGUAGACUGAAGCCUUAACUUAUUUGAAUAUCAAAUUAGGCUGUGUGAUUAAUGGUCUAUCAUUUAGCCUGAGUUAUGAAAUCAUUCCUGGAUUUCUAUCAUGAAACAUGAUCAGUGUUACAAAUUGAAAGUAAUGAUUUUGCUAUGUUUGACAUAACUCAGCAUUAACACAACUACAUGUAUUGGGGUCAGUUAGGAUACAGGGCUGCUUGGAGGAACAGUAACUACAUGGCAGAUGACAGGACAGGAGGUCUUCUCAUGUGUUGUACAUUGCUAGGGUUCUACCUGUCGCAGUGUCACUCACACAAUGCAGAAAAUGUCUGUUCUCACUUUAAUAUUUUUACUUUUAUAUAUAAAAUACAGUCAAUUCACUUUACAGUGUAUUCUGUGAAGCGCUUCAAAGUCGUGAUAAGGCGUUAUAUCAAAUGCAAGUAUUAUUACUUUUGAAAAUCCAGAAUCAAUUUGUACAUAAUAACCGGACAAGUUGUUUUAAAUUGUAAACUUAAUUUGCAACUGGUCCAUCUUGCAAAGUGUUAUCUCAAUCUCUAAACAAAACAGAGCAUCUGAGAGAAAGAAAACCAGUGAGUGUUUACAAUACAAAAUACAAUACAAAAUUAUGUUUGUCUUAUGCUGUCUUUCACGUCAGGAGGAGGUCCCAACCUCUGUGCUUUAUACAACAGAAGUGGGAAAUGUGUUCAAGUUCAAAGCAGAGUCACUAGUUGUUGUAGAAUGAGCAAUGAUCAAAACUUAGUUUUAAAAAAAGUCAACCGUCAAGUUAUAUAAAACAGCCGUCAGCUUAACACAUCAACCUGCAGCACCAUCUGAUGGAUAUUCAAUGAACUUCAAUCAGCAUCCACCUGAGACCGCACAAGUCCCCAGAUGUCACAGCUCAGGCUCCAGGCAGCGUGAUGUGAAGAAUGAUUACAAACAUAAAUAGAUUCCUGUUCACAGAAUAUUAGAAUUCUUGGUCAUGACGCUUUCUCACUUCUCUGUUGUGAAUGCAUCAGUGACGGGUCCCCUUUCUUCCAGAAGUUUCUGUUGCACUGAAAUCGUUGUAACUUUUGUACCCAAUUGCAAUCAGUACUGACGUACUGUUGUAACCAUCAGCACAUUUAUAAAAAUUUAUAAACA